GCAUACUCGAGCUUGCACUUGUUGCAAUUUACAGUUUGCACUUUGCACUUGUUGCACUUGUCGCACCUGUUGCUCUCCGCGCUGCACUCUUAAAGUCUGCGCCUGCACUCUUCGACAUUCGCCUGCUUGCGUGCUCGAUGAGCCAGACUGGCUUGCAGCACCAUGGACGCCCGCCAGCAGCCUGCACCGCCGCCCACCCGCCCGCCAGACCGCCAUCUGGUCCAUAAUCCAACCCACCAGCCGACGACCGCCCACGCGUACCCGGCCUACCCUCCCUCGACGCAACCACCGCAGCCGCAGCCGCAGCCAGCUCAGCACAGCCAGCAGCCGCUGCAUGUGCCCUUCUCGACCUCGAACGACCCGUACGCAGCGCCUCGGCGCGAUCCCUUCUUCCCACAGACGUCGAAUCACGUGCGGCAGCGCAGCCAUGGAGCUCCAGAGGGCGCGUCGCAAGCACACAGCGAAAGGAACGAUGGCUGGGGCAAUACAGUGCGAAAUCACGGGAGCUUGUCCUAUGGAGCUCCCAGCGUGCAUCCUCAGUCGGGUCCUCCAUCACAGCCAUCCAUGAGCGCGUCAGGCCCUCCGUCCGGCCCGUCGCCUUAUGCCUUUGACACGGCGCGCAGACGCUCGCUCAACGCGUCCUCCCACGAAUCUCCAUCCUUUGCACGACCCCAGAUGCCACCACCGCCGUCGCCUCCACAGCAGCCGAACUAUCCAUCGCAACCGCAACGUCCCCCCUACUCGUCGAAUUUCGGUCCCAGCAGGGAGCUUCCUGGCCUCGGUCAAGCGCACAGGCCGGGCAGCAGCAUGUCCAUUUCAUCUCUCAUCGGUGGAGGUGAUGCAGGUGCUGCCGCUCAGACGUCACCUCCCACAAACCCGCUACAACCCAACAACCAAGGCAUGCAGCCUCCCUCGCCGAGACGCGCGUUCCCAUCGGGAGGACGCUCAGACUUCGCGCCGUUUCGUCGCCAACCGUCUCCUGACAGGUCGAUGCAUGGCAGCAAUGCAUCAAGAACAGAGAGCCAUGGCUUCUCCGCUAGUUCACCGCAGAGUCGGCCGUACAGCAACCAUGGCUCACCCAAUCCAGGUCGACAAUCCCUUCCACCUUCCCAUCAGGGCUACACGCCUUCAAGGUUCCCGUCACAACGUCUCUUCGGGACUUCGCCGAACGACCCUCUUGCUCGAGACGCCCACUCGCUCCCAGGAAGCGUACCACCUCGUCCAAACAGCCAACCUAACGGCCCUGCUGGUCCUACCGGACGAGGGGCAGCAUCGAUUCACGAUGCAUUAGGAGGGCGACGUAGUGCCUACGGGCAGCCUGAGGAGCGACGCCGAACAUUGGGAGAGCAGUCGAGGCCUGAUGCUGCAGAGCUACUGCGUGGGAUCGGUCAAGGAGUGACGGACAGGAAUCGCCCUGUUACCGUACACCCUGUUUCACAUUCCGCAUUCGACCCACCUCGCGAACAGCACGCCACCGCUGGCUCGAAUGAGCUCUCGCGCUCUCUCUGGCAACCACCGAUGGCUAGCGAAUCUGCUCGUGAACCAGCGGGGCCUCGUCGAGAGGAACCGUCUGCACUCUAUCGCAGCUAUGGGACCUACCCACCUCCCAUCCCGGGUCUUCCACAUUACGGUCCACCAACUCUCAGCGAGAUGGCACCACGACGAAGCUUAGACCAGUUGAAUAAACGUGUGGUCGAGCAGUACCACGCACCACCUACAUCAGACCCUAAUUCCAAGGAACGCCAUCAAACAGAGCCCUUGAUUCGCUCUUUCUCUUCGGGUGGAAGCUCAUAUCCUGGACGAUCGAUGUACGGAGAGCCAAUGCAACAUUCUAAAUCGCACAUUGGUCUGGGCUUGGAAGAGAGUAGGAGAACAGGUCGCGCAUCUCCCUUGCCUCAGGCUGUACAGGGUGCACAGGCGCCACCCUUCAUGACUGGCAAGGACCCUGGUAUCAAGAGCGAAUUUGGGCGUAUGUUUUCUGGUCUUGGUGGAUUAGGAUCGACUACGCCGUUGCGUGGCAGCCCGUUGCCCCAGAUGAUCGGGCAAGACGGACCAGAGUCUGCCGAGAUGAUGAGAAGAAUCAGUUCGCAGCAGGGAAGGAAACCAAAGAGGGUCAAGGAUGAAAGCAAUGUCUUUGAUGACGAUAGCAAUGAUGGGCGAGGAACGCCGACAGGCUUACGAGGUGCUAAACGCAACAAGCACGCUCAUCCUGCUGGCCACCACCAUCAUCACCCGGCUCAUCACCAUCAUCACCAUCACCACCAUCACCACGAGGAUCCCGUUUCAACAGCCCCUGCUGUAAACGGACAACAAUCGAGCCUACCUCAGAGUGGCCCAGCGCAGCCUGUCCACCACCACCAUCACAUCCAAAGCACAUCUCACCACCACCAUCACCACCACCAACCCCGCGCAGCUCCCCUUACUGCAAAGCCACCUCCCAAGGUCCAUGACGUCCAACCUAUUCUUGAAGAAGCCGCCAAACUCCCGCGCAGACAUCUUGGAUCGCAGGUGUACGAAGCCACUGCCGAUCUGCCCAGGCCGAACUCGUCUUUGGAUGAUCAAUUUGGAUACGCUUCGAAGCCGAACCGACUGCCUCGAUUUGAGGUCAAUCCUAUCAACUGCACCUUCACCAUCAGGGUGCCACGAUUCUAUCUACGACCUCGACAGAGGCAGCAUAUCGUCUUGGAGCGUCAUCUAUGGGGCGCUCGCGUUUAUCGUGACGACUCAGACCCCAUCGCCGCUGCUAUACACUCUGGCUGGAUUCGCGGAGAGUGGGAUGAUACUGUGGAUGUCACCAUGCUCGACCCGCGCGUUACAGCGCCCAAUGAUCCAAGCGACGCCGAAGACACCCUAAACAAGAUACCUGCUGCUCCUGUUACACCCCCCGCAGACAUGGAUCUUCAGAUCGAGAUCCUUAUACUGCCACAGUUGCAGGAGUAUACCGGAUCUGUUGAGUAUGGCAUUUCGAGUCGACAAAGCAGAGGUCACGACGGCUUGAGCUUCAUGAUCAACAAGAUCAGAUGGGUUGAGGAAGGCAUCGGCAGUCGCGGGCAAGAGCGAACAGCAGCGGCGCUGAAGCGCAGGCUUGACGCAAGCGCAACGCUUCUUGCUCUUAUGAACGGUGGAGAUAACCUUCACCGUGCGACUGGCAUGACAAAACUGCAUGCCUGAUUUAACGUUUUCCACAACUUUGCAACGGCCGCUUGGAUAUAUUGCAUUGAAUAGCGUCCGUCUUUCAAGCAUUGUAGGAUUGUAUCAUUACGACGUCUGUUUGAGCAUUGCUAUAUACCCGUAGUUUUACAGUCCGGUGCUUUGGCUCAAGACUUGCAUAUGUAUGGAUAUCCGGUAGAAGCUAUAUGCGCAAUCUAAUGUUUGACUUGACUUCA